AUGCGCCGCGCGAUAGGCGCUGCGGCGUUCGCGGUGCUCCUCUGCGCCGCCACCGCUGAGAAUCGGCGCGCCGGCGCGUACGCGCUGGAGAAGUGCAAAUCGGGACCCAUGCCGGCGAAGCUCGUCCUCGCCUGCAACAACGCGACGGACGCGUGGAACGCCGAGGACGGCUGCGACCGCGACGACGACGACGACGACGACGACGACGACGACGAGCCGUGCGGCGGCGGCGGCAAGGUGUCGCUGCGCGUCGUCAACGCGCGCGUCUACCGCGCCGAGGCGAACCUCGCGCUCCUGUUACGGGACGCGGUCAACGCGGACAUCCUCUUCCGCCUCGCCGACGCCAUGGCGCGCGACGAGACCAGCGACCUCCGGGAGCGCGCGCGGCUCCUGCGGCGCGCGGGCGCCGCGGGCACCGCCUCCCCGAAGAGGAGGCGAAAAAAGAGAAAGAGACCCGCACGUUAG